AUGGAGCAUUCCUAUUUCUUUUAUCACUACUUUGUGAACUUCCAAAAAGCAAUGGUUAAGAAGGUCAAUUUGAAUUCUGCUGUUGCUCUAAGAAAUGAGUGCGAUGAGCAUCUAUCGGGUGCUUUGUCGAAGGUUGGCUACGAGCAGUCAUUCUCGUUGGUGGAUACUAAGCUUGUCAUCGGUUACUCUUGUGUGAUACUUGCCGGCCUAAUGUACUAUGUGGAGAAGAAAUACAAGAAUGAUUUCAAUAACCCAGAUUACGUCAUGUACACAGAGUUAUUUGUAGUGUUGUUCUUCGUAUUAGAGUUCGUGUGGUAUUUGUUCAGUAAGUUUGUGGAGAAAUCUAUCAAGUUUGUGGGAACUAAGGGACAUAAGACCCUCAAAGUGUCGUCGCAUCUCAAAUCGAAAGAAGAUCCAGUCUACUAUCUUGAAUUCGACCUUGAUGGUACAGUGGAUGAGGAACAAGUCGAGUUUACUAGGUUAUUUACAGCUGACGGAUUUUUGGAUUUUGCCGUGUUUUCUAAAUUAUUAGUGGAUGUGGUCAAUAAGAUUGAGAAGGAUAUAUGA